CUUCUCAGAAGAAUGCAAACUCUUCUUUGAUGGAGCCCCAGAAAAGCCUCGCCCACCCCUCCCUCUCUCCCCAAGGGCAUGGCUGAGCCUAGCUACAGAGUUGGCUGCACUAAGCGUCUGGACGGAGCCUCCAUUUCCACCUCCGUCCCGCCCCAGCGGCUCGGGAUCCAGUUACCUACUGCGCCUACGCGCGCCUCCCAGCUGGCGUUGGCUUCAAAGGCAGGGCUCAGAGUGCGCGGUGCUCUGGUUUCCAAGCAACCGGGAUAACGGAGGUGGGCACAGAGCGCCUGCGCGGCUGGCGGUUGGGCGUGGUCAGUUGUGGAAAACUAGUCCCCGGGUUUCCCCGGAGCAGGAGCGGCUCCCAAGAGCCUCAGGGCUUAACAAUCAUCACUCACCAAACAAUGAAGGAAUGUCCUGGCAGAUCCAGCACCACUGUCCCCAGAAAUGUUUAAAGAAAACGUGGGUCGGGCAAAUGUAGAAACAGCUUAUUUUAGCAGCCGGGAGUGACCCUCAGACAAAUUCUUCACAUGUAUUUGGUUUAAAUCUCCCCUAGACUUAGAUCCAGGCCCUCAAUGGCCGGUCUCCAGUUGACUCCAUAUCUGCCUGUGGGCAUUAUGUUCCCACAUAAUAAAAGGGAAGCUCCAGGACUCCACUCAACCAAGCAAGACCCUUAUGAAGAAGGGGACUCUUCCCUGAGGUCCUCGCUGGGACAACUGAGGAACAAUUUCCAUCCGAAGCUUUUGAGCAACAAAGAGCUGGACCUGGAUAAUGUCUACACUCACCCCCAGAAAAACACCUGCACAAAAGCUCGGAGAUACUCUUACCCCCACAGUGCUGGAAUCCACCAGCCAGUCUCCGGAAGUAAUCCCCAGGGCCAAGGAAAUGGCUUGUUUGGCUUGUCAAGUCCUCAACCUCGGUAUUCCAAAGCCAAUAACCAGGACUUCAUUCACUUCACAAAUAAGCGAGUUGGGGUACAUGGGGCAUUCCCACUGAAACCCAUGGUCCACAACAAGUCUCGUAGUACAGGUGAGGCCUGCACUGAUGGGGACCAGAAUGUCUACCCCCAACCUCCGACUCGAGAGUUUUCAGACAGCAACUUCGGUUUGAGGAGCUGGGUGAAUUCAUCUGUUCUUACUGCCAUGCAGGCAGAGAAGGCCAUGGCAGACCGCCACAGGACUGAGUGGACAGAGAUUCAAAUUCUAGAAGCUGCUGGGGAGAGCUUACAGAAGGAAAUCCGAAGAAAGGAGAUGCUCCUGAGAGAAAAGCUGAAAAAGACAGAGGAAGGUCUGCGAAGGAUCCAGAAAGAAAAAAAACAGACCAAGGAAAACGAAGACGAAGAGCUACAGAGAGUGAUCCUUCCUAGGAGGAGAGCUAGUGGUAGUAACACCACAUACAAACCCAGCUUCUCUCUGGAAUUCAGAUCCAAAAAGAUGUUCAGUAGCAAAAGGGAAGAUGAAAUUUGUGGACGGCGUCAGGAAAAUUCUAGUCCAUUCCAGUUCUCUGAUUAUGGAAUCCAGACACUCAAAAGGGAAAGGCUGGUGGCAAGCAAUAACCAAAUCCGAGAACGAGACUCACGGCCAUCAGCAGACAACUUCUUUCAGCCUUCAGAAGAACUGGGCAGUGCUUUGCAGAGACCUAGCCUGUCCAGGACAUCAGGCUCCUCAAGGUCCAGCUGCUCCACAAAAGAGCCAGAGCUGGGCAAGUGCAGUUACUGUGGACGCACAUUUCUCUCAGUCAGGCUGGAAAGACACGCCACUGUCUGUGGCAGGAUGCAGGGGUCCAAGAGGAAAGUGUUUGACUCCUCCCGGGCCCGGGCAAAGGGCACAGAACUAGAGCAGUACUUGAACUGGAAGGGGCCAGCCACAGUCAAGGCUGAACCUCCUCAGAAGAGCACCUGGAGACAGAAGCAUGAGUCUUUCAUCCGUUCCCUCCGGCAUGCUCGAGAGGUCCAGCAGGUAAUUGCCAGAGGUGGGAACCCCUCAGACUUGCCUCCCAUCCUGCCUGCAGAAAACUCAGACUAUCUUCAGUGUCCUCACUGCAGCCGCCACUUUGCUCCCAAGGUAGCUGAGCGACAUAUACCUAAGUGUAAAACCAUCAAGAACCGUCCUCCGCCUCCUAGGAAGUACGACAGUUGAGUAGACAACAGUGGAAACCACCUUGCACAGUUCAGAAGACUGUGCUCUUCAGCAGUAAACCAGAGUAGAAGAAUUUGAUGAAAAACAGAGAAAACAGAACUUUUCCAGAACUCAGAUCUGCCUUGGAGCAAAUUCAUCCAUGAGAGCCAGACGCAUGGCAGGAGGCAGAAGGAAGCCCCAGCUUUUCACGGAGUCAUGACCUUAGAUGGUAUGUCUUAUGUAUUCUUGACAGAAUUGGUGGGUGAAGACACUUAAUAGUAAGGCUGAAUUAAAGCUCUUCUAAUGAGCCUGACCAUCAUGGUUUGAGCUGGUGAGAUGCCUGUAUUCAGUUGUGUUUUCUGGUCAUGGCAUGUAUCCAGGGUUAACCCUUCUUACUCUUGAAAGAAGUCGGUAUUAGGAGGACGUGGGGUCACAGGAUUUUUGUCACACAGAUGGUAACUCAUAAAAGAUACUAAGAUUGUGCUGGAAGGUGUUAUUAAUGGAAGUCUAUCCUUGGCCUCCUUAGUGCAUGGUCCUGGCCAAAAGCCAACAAAAGUAUGUAAUGUUAGGGACCUGUGUAUCCUAAACCUUCCCUAUGCUGUGCUGUAAAAUAAAGGAAACAUCUUUAUGCACUUUA